CAAAGACAGACUGUCUCCACAGCACGGAGAUAUGGGUUUACUGUAACUGAGACCUGGAGCUUUCUUAAACUUAAAAAAAAAACUUUAAAGAGAACCAUAGACUGAGAGACAAAUAAAGAGACACAUCUUGUCCAAAGUGAUGUAAAGCUAAUCCUGCCCAAUACUUUGAGACUUUAGCGUGGUGGGAGAGAAAAAAGAGGAGCGAGGACAAGCCUGAGGAUACUACAGAUUAUGUUGCCAUGGAAACCGAAACCUGGAAGCGGACGCAAGGACCACUGAAGGCAUCGACAUCCCCUGACUGCAUCCUCGACACGUUACCGUCCUCCUGCGCCCUGUGGUGAGAGAAUGCUGUGGAGAAUAUCUAUACCAGUCAUACUGGCUGGGUUGCUCUGCAUCACGGCAGAAACCAAAAAGCACCGGCCCCAGGGGUCCAUCCCGUCCCCGCACAAGACCAAAGGGAACCUGUCCUCAGAGCGUCACCAACGGCUACUGCAGCAGAAACCUGAGGUGCUGUCCUCCAGCCGGGAGGCCUUGGUGGUGACGGAGCGUCGCUACCUCCGCAGAGACUGGUGCAAGACCCAGCCUCUCCGCCAGACCAUCAGCGAGGAGGGCUGCCGCAGCCGCACCGUGGUCAACCGCUUCUGCUACGGCCAGUGUAACUCCUUCUACAUCCCCCGCCAUAUGGGCCCCAGCUCGAGUCAGGGCCAGAAUCGAGGACAGGCCUCAGGCUCUGGAAGGAAAAAACACAACAAGGUCCAGGAGCCGUUUCAGUCCUGUUCCUUCUGCAGGCCACACCGCAUCACACAGCUCACAGUGCAGCUAGACUGCCCAGACCAGCAGCCGCCUUUCAGACACCGCAAGGUGCAGAGGGUCAAACAGUGCCGCUGCAUGUCUGUGGAUGUGAGCAGCCAUGGGAAACUGUAAAGGACUUAAGAUUAAAAUAAUAGGAGUUCAGUCAAAGGCAGGAAAUUCAUAAGCUUCGCCAAACAAGGACUGGCUUCAAGUUGAACUAUACUGCAAGGUGUUGUACAACUGAUGGCUUGUCCCGCAAUAAAAUGACAUGGAACUGGUAUUAUUAAACAAAGGAUCAAUGAUGAUUACAUCAGAGACAAGCAGUCAUGUUGGCAAGCUGAUGCUGUUGAAAGAGACUGAUUAAAGUAGUGCAAGAGACACUGAUGAUGAAGCAGCAAAAUGUCAACAUUAAAACAACAUUUCCUUUGA